AUGCCUCUCGACACCAUCUACCUCAUCCGACAUGGCCACCGCAUGCACUGGACAAUAGACUACGCAACAGGCACCUACCACAGCACAUACCCAACACCCACGGGCAACCCCGCAGAUCCAACCCUCACGGCGCAUGGAGUUCGACAAUCGCAAGAAUUGGCAAAUUACUUCAUCUCAGAGAACUUUCCCGGUCCAAGGCCAUGGAGGAUAUAUUCAAGCCCGUUUUAUCGGUGUUUGCAGACUAUAAGGCCUAGCGUUGAGGCGCUUGAUGGGCGGGAUUCUGGUGCUGGGAAUACCAGUAAUGUCUGGAGGAGGGAGAAGGGGGUUAGAAUUGAGAAUGGGCUUGGGGAAUGGUUCGGCUCGUCGACAUACUUCGAUCACCCACCUCCUGCCUCGGUAUCGGAGCUAUAUCAACAUUUCCCUAGCAUCAUACCAGACCCUUCCACCGGCCCCGAGAACAUAAUCCAUGUCAUCCCCUCAUCUCGCGGAGAGACAAUACCGCAAUUACACAACCGUGUCGCUACAGCUCUAGCAGCUAUCAUCGCUGACGCAGAUGCAGAUAUACGCGCGGAUGAAGAACAAGAAACUGCGAAAGAUAAGAACAGCAAACCAAGCAGUAAAGCGAUCCUGAUAUGCUCGCAUGCCGCUACAUUGAUUGCCAUGGGUAGAGUAUUGACAGGGAAUAUGCCCGAUGAUCCUAAUACAGAGGAUUUCCACGUCUAUACGGCUGGAUUGAGUACUUAUGUUCGACGGGAAUCAAAGCAGGAUAAUGAAUACUAUACAGAAAAGGAAGGGUUGUCGCUGAUUGCGGCUGGGACGAAACUCAUUCCCGAGCCGGAGGUACGAGUACCAGUUUGGAAAGACGGUAAAGKAGUUGGUGGAGGGUGGGAUUGUGUUGGGAAUUGUGAUUGUAGUUUUUUGAGUGGAGGGGAGGAGAGAGGUUGGCAUUUCAGUGGUGAAGAGUCUUUUGACACGGGUUCAAUGGGUGCUGCGGAUGAGGCUGCUAAACUAUAG